CGAUCGGACGAAGCUGUUUUUGAACUAUGAAUUUCACCGCGAGCCAUUAUUACAGCGUCGUUAAGAAAAUGUCAUCGUUAGCUGGUCAGUGGCCGUAUCAGAACUCAAAAACAAAAUUAAUCUAUUUGAGCCUCGUGACUUUGAGCACGUUUUCCAUAAUUAUUCCACAGAUGGCUAAAUUCGUCGUAUGCGACGGGGACCUGCAAUGUAUAUUUCAAACCCUGGCAGCAUAUAUAUUGGCGAUAGUAGCAUUGGUGAAGCUGUACACGUGUUACUUCAACCAAUAUAAAAUGAAAGUUCUGAUGGAUCGACUAUUCGUCGAAUGGAAGGAAUUGAAAACACCGGAAGAGCAAGAAAUUAUGAAGAGAUAUGCCGAGAAUUGCAGACGAUAUUCCUUGGGAUAUUCGUUAUAUAUGUUCACAACUGUAUUUCUGUUUAUGUGUAUGUCUCUUAUACCCCCACUAUUGGAUAUCGUAUUACCUCUCAACGAAUCUCGCCCCGCACUGCCAGUUCACCCGGGAUAUUACUUUGUCGAUGAAGAAGAAUAUUUCAUCUAUAUCUUUUUGCACGGUCUCGUGGCCUGGCAAAUUGCCGUGAUCGGGGUAGUGGCUCACGAUUGUAUGCUUCUAACUUACAUCGAACAUGUCUGCAGUAUUUUGACACUAGUCGGAUUUCGAAUCGAACGAUUGAUGUAUAAACGUAAUGACGCUGUGAAAGCUUUACAUUCUCAUGUACACGUAAAUGACACGUACCGUAAACGAAUUGCAUUUUCCAUCACGCAGCGGAACGCCAGUGUUUUUAUAGUGGUGAGGUACGUAGCGUAUGUCCUUAGUCAACUGAUUCACCUAUUCUGCCUCAGUUUCGAGGGACAGAAGCUGAUAGAUCACAGUCUUCAAACCCGCGAUAAAAUCUAUAAUAGCCUUUGGUACGAAACGCCCGCCAAGUCGCAAAGGAUGCUUCUGUUUAUGAUGGAAAAGGCCCUUCAUCCUAUUUCUUUGAGCGCCUGUAAGAUUUACAUUUUUUCAAUGGAGAACUUCAGCUUGGUGAGAGAAAGAAGCGACAUCGCGAUGAGAGCACGAUAUGCAAUCGCGGCAUCGUAAGAUGAUACAUAUCUUAAUAAUACAAUAAUACAAUUUCAAUAAUACUUUUAAGGUUGUGCAAACUUCGAUGUCAUACUUCAUGGUACUCGCAUCUUUGGAAUAA